CCCUGGGCAAGUCUCAUCAGCUGGGCCUCAAAUCUUGUAUGGACCAGAGGUUCCAGGAUGGGAUGAGCAAUGUGGUUCUCUCAUCCUGAGCCUUUGUGACUUUAUGGGCAGAGUGACCACAGGUCGGUGUUCUCUACAGGUCUUAGUCAUGAACGCCCCUGGAGGAAGGAGGCAGGAAGGUAGAAGGGCCCAUAGACCUCGGGAACAGGACCGAGACGUGCAGCUGUCUAAGGCUCUGUCCUAUGUCCUACGCCACGGAGCCUUGAAGCUGGGACUUCCCAUGCGAGCUGAUGGCUUUGUACCCCUGCGAUCCCUUCUGCAGCUGCCCCAGUUCCACAGCUUCUCAAUUGAGGAUGUGCAGCGGGUGGUGGAUACCAAUGGAAAGCAGCGGUUUGCCCUGCAGCCAGGCGAGCCCAGCACUGGCCCUCUCAUCAGGGCCAAUCAGGGCCACUCCCUACAAGUACCUGAGUUGGAGCUGAUGCCCCUGGAGACACCACAAGCCCUGCCUUUGAUGCUAGUCCACGGCACAUUCUGGAAGCAUUGGCCAUCUAUUCUACUGAAGGGCUUGUCAUGCCAAGGAAGGGCGCACAUCCACUUGGCCUCAGGAUUGCCUGGGGACCCUGGUGUCAUCAGUGGCAUGCGCCCAAAUUGUGAUGUGGCGGUGUUCAUCGAUGGACCCCUAGCCUUGGCAGAUGGAAUCCCCUUCUUCCGCUCUGCCAAUGGCGUAAUCCUGACUCCAGGGGAUGCUGAAGGCUUCCUGCUUCCCAAGUACUUCAAGGAGGCCCUGCAGCUGCGGCCUACCCCAACUGUUGUGUCUACCUCAGGAAAGCCUCUCCCCUUGGCUGGUGAUAAGGAAACAGAGCAUCAGAGUGGCCCCAAGCACAGCUCCAGAGGAGGAAGAAGAAAGAUCCAACAAUAAAAUAUUUAUUUAUUAAAAAGCAAAACAAAACGACUCUGAAAACAGUCACAGAAAGAAAGUCCAGUUUGAAAGAAGGAUUCCUUGUUCCUUAUCCAUAGCUGGACCUCCUCACGUGCUUCGGGAAUACAUAUAGGAAUGUGAGCUCCUGCCAACAGGGCAAGAGGAGGGGCACUGUGUGGCUCAGAGUCUACCAUCCCUAGGCUGGGUGGUGGCAGUGUCUGCCCCAGCCAAGGGCCUUGGCCUGCCGGCAACAGCAGCUGAAGAUGCCCAGCAUGGUGUGUGUGUGUGGAGUGGUGGAGCAGUGAGUUCAGGUGCAUGCGGGCUUGUGAGGGUCCCUGGAGGCGCUAAGUGGAGCA